CAUAAACACCUCAUAUGAGGAUUGAUUUGGAAGAGCAGCACACGACACGGAUCAACAGCGUUGGCUUGUAGCACUAGAAAAACAUGGUUGGUGGUUAUUGACGGCAUGCGAGCUAAUGGUUAGCAGUACUAAAGUGGUUAUGCUUGGGUCAGUGUAGAAAUCACUGUUUCGUUUCCCUAUCUCUGUGCUGUACGAGGAUGGCCGAGAUGUUUUCUCGUUUGAGCGUGUUUAAGCUUGCAUGGAGCGGCAUGAAAGCGAGCAGGAAAAUGACGAAUCGUGCUGCUAAUUCUGCGCAGAUGAUACGCCGCUACAGCACAGAGCACGGUUUAUUUGGGUUUCUCUUUGACAUCGAUGGAGUAUUGGUACGCGGGCGGACGCCCAUCCCUGCUGCUAAACAGUGUUUUAGAAACCUGGUGGAUGGGAACGGAAACUACAAGGUUCCUGUGGUGUUUGUGACAAAUGCGGGGAACAGUAUGCGACAAACCAAAGCAAAACAUCUUUCUCAUCUUCUGGAGGUGGAUGUGUCACCAGACCAGGUCAUGUUGUCUCACAGUCCUCUGCGGAUUUUCACUCAGUUUCACGACAUGUGCGUCCUGGUGUCUGGACAGGGACCCAUUGUAGAUGUCGCACACAAUUUAGGUUUUAAGAACGUUGUGACCAUUGAUAUGCUACGGGAAGCUCAUCCUCUCUUGGACACGGUGGAUCACAAUCGCAGACCCAAAGAAUUGAAUCCCCCAUCUAAGUAUUUACCACCAAUUGAAGCCGUAAUCCUGUUUGGUGAGCCUGUCAGGUGGGAGACCAACUUACAAUUGAUUACUGAUGUGCUCUUGACCAAUGGGAGGCCAGGAAACCCUGUGACAUCACUGAAUUACCCUCACAUCCCCGUACUGGCCUGUAAUAUGGAUCUGCUGUGGAUGGCCGAGGCAAAGAACCCACGAUUUGGUCACGGCAUGUUUCUCGUCUGUCUGGAAAAUAUCUAUAAGAAAAUAACCGGCUGUGAGCUAAAAUAUGAAGCUCUUAUUGGAAAACCCAGUUUGGUGACUUACAACUAUGCCGAGGUGCUCAUCAGAGAACAGGCAAAAAAGUUGGGCUGGACCCGACCUAUUGAAAGACUUUAUGCCAUUGGUGACAACCCCAUGACAGACAUAUACGGUGCAAACCUCUACAACCGUUACCUCAAAGCCAUGAGUCGCACCCGUGCCCAGGCGCAAGCCCACAGCAGCCCAUCCGGCCUCCAGUAUGAAGUGAUUGACGAUGUCAAACAGUCUGGAGAGGUGUCCGUCGGAGAUUCGUUUGAGCACCGUCUACCCGAGGGCUGCACCUCUAUCCUGGUCUGCACGGGCGUCUACAGCCACGAACAGCAGGAUGUGCCGUCUGACCCUGACGCGACUGUUACGGAGCAGCAUAUUUUUCACGGUCACCGGGACUUCCGAUUUGAUCCCAGCCUGACCCAGCCGGCCUUCAUCGUCCAAGACGUUCAGGAAGCAGUGGAGCAGGUUUUUCAGUUAGAAGGUUGGCCGCUAGAAUAAAUCCACUUCUGUUGGUCUACACCAGAUGCGAUCGCUGUGAGGUGACGUGUCGAAAUUAUAUUAUAAUCAGUGUGCCUGCCUAUGCUGGAAGCAUCGAGUUGUUACCACAUCUUAAAUUUUAAUCGUUGCAUUUCUAAUUUAAAAAAUAUAUAUAUUUUAGCUGUCUAUCUUAAAUUCUUAAUUUUUUACAUUUAAUUUGUAAAAUUUUUGAACUUUUGACGAUGACAUCACAUCCAUUGAUGAUUUGGUCUUUUAGUUUUUAAUUGCCUGUAUUGUUUUUAUGCGAGUUAUUUUUCCUUCAAAACGAAUAAAAUUUUACAAUUUACAUUUUUUGACAUAUCUUUGUUUAGCUGUUAUGUGCAGCUUCUGUGGCCAGUAAACAUUGAGAGAUUACGUGGGGCUUUGACGCUUCCAGUAUCGACAAUCUCAAGUCGACACGUGCCGUUCGCAUCUGUCGUAGACUCUGUCCCAUAUGAUGCCUUCAGAUCCGGUGGGCUGAUUCACAUGUGACGUUACUCAGUUGUUUAAACUGUUUGUGAAAUUAUUUUGUCACGUUAAAUGCAUUGCACGUAUUUUUUACACCAACCCUAACCUUGUUAGCUUCACGUGAAUCUCACAUGAUCUUAAAGUUAGGAUGCAUCCUCAAGCACUCUCAUAGUACUGAAAGUGACGUGACUGUCAGGUACGGCAGCUUAUACCCGACAAGUGACCUCUGCAUUAAACGCAUACCAGUGAGUUGUUCACACACACACCCAGAGAUAUCACUGCACCUGGGGAACAUUUAGGGAAAGAUGCC